AUGGCUCCCAUAUACGUGAAGGGAGGAGUUUGGACCAAUGUUGAGGAUGCCAUUCUCAAAGCAGCGAUCUCGAAGUAUGGGCUAAAUCAAUGGGCUCGUGUGAGCUCCUUGCUGGAGAAGAAAACGGCGAAACAAUGCAAGAUGAGAUGGCAAGAAUGGCUAGAUCCAAGAAUCAAAAAGAUCGAAUGGACCAAAGAGGAAGACCAAAGAUUGCUCGAGCUUGUCCGACUGCGCCCAAACCAGUGGAGCAGUGUGAGCAUGCUGAUGAACAGAACCGCAAACCAAUGUAUCGAAAGGUAUCAGCAGCUUUUGGAUGAUAAUCUGGAUGACUCUGAUCUACGUCUUACAGGAAACAUGCAACAAACAGCUUCUGGCGCAGAGUCUUUGAAUCUCAACCCUGAGUCGAAGCCUGCACGUCCUGAUUUUGAGGAUAUGGACGACGACGAACGCGAAAUGCUCAGCGAGGCACGUGCGAGAUUGGCCAACACGCAAGGCAAAAAGGCAAAGAGGAAGGCACGAGAGAGGAUGCUGGCCGAAAGUCGGCGUGUUGCCAUUGUCCAGAAACGUCGGGAGCUCAAGCAAGCAGGCAUCAACUCGAAGUUCCGCACGAAGAAGAAGUUUGCUACGCAAAUGGAUUAUAAUAACGACGUUGCAUUUGCUAGGGAGCCGGAAGAGGGCAGGUUUGAUACCAGCGAGGAGAAAUUGCAAAACCACAGAGAACGAUACGAAUUUGACGAAAAGGCAGAGCGCAACCAAGCUCCAAAUUUAGAGCAUGACAAACAGGAUAAGAAGCGACGGAGACAGGCCAAAGAGGCCAAGACGACGUUUGAAGGAGCUGCUCAGAGCUACGACGACGAUCUAGAAUUUAAAAGACGGAAACUGGAGUUGAGUGCGCCAGACGAGUACCAGGAGGUUGUGGAUGUUGACGCGAAGAUCAAAGAUGCAGCCAAGGAGCUGAAUCGUGCUACGCAUGAAAAGUCCAUUUUAUUCACCAAAGUUGACGAGGACGAACAGGAGGAAAGCGAUCCAUUGGAGCCGAAGGAAUCGCUGAAGAGCAAGCUGGCCAAGCUCCCUGCGCCACUGAACGAUUUUGAGAUCAUGGACAGCGACAGCGAGCAGGAGCCGAUGCCACAGCCGGAACCCAAAACAGAAAUUGUGCCGGCACGGGAUGUUCCUAAAGCGGAAACCACCCCUAAAGUCGCCGAUCUGAAGCUCCCUGUUCCUGAUCACAAAAGUUUGUUAACAAUAGCCAAACAGUCGUCUGGGGUGGAAAAACUGGUUCUAGAGGAGAUGGCUCGUCUUGUUGCGGGCGAGGUGUCUGGAGUGGAGAAUCCCGAAACUGUUGAAGCGGCUAUAGAAGCGGAACUAUCUGCGCUGGACUACAAUAAGUACGUUGCAGCGGUGGAAAAUUGUUCUGCUGGGGACAAUGCUGAGCAGCUGCUAAAAUACAUCAGACAAGUGUCGGAACAGUCUGGUGGGCUCGAAAAAAAGUUUGCGGCCUUUACGAAUGGCUAUCUCCGCAACCAGGCGGCCCUGUGCAAUGACAUAGCCAACAAGUACGGGGUGCUCAGUGAUCUGGACAGGGAGUGUGUGGUUUACGAGCAGAUCAAGGGGCUUGAGGAGCGCGCAAUCGACUACAGAUCCUCAAGCCUGCAAGAAUCAAUAGACAGAAUGAGCGUCGCGAUUGGCGAAGCCCAGCAACGUUUACGUAACUGA